AGUACAGGUGGUAGAGACUGGACCAGCCAUGGCCUCAGGAACAACAGACAGAUACCUAUUCCUGGACAAACUGAAAUCAUCUUCUUUCCUGGUUGGUCUCCUCCUGGCAUUUUCUUACUUGCUGGUCAUCAUACUGUUUGGACUUGUGCUCUCCCAUGGAUCAAGGGUUUCUACAGAAGUGAAGACACUGCAUGAACGAAGUAAAAUAGGCGAAGACUUGUUUCCCUGUGGAGCCAGAAACAGGGAAUGGAAAUACUUCCACGGGGGAUGCUACUACUUCGCCAUCGAACAAGUCAUCUGGGACACAGCAAAGACUCACUGUGAGGAAAAGAACUCAAGCCUGGUGGUUAUUCAAGACAAGUCUGAGCAAAAUUUCCUCCAGUCUCGAACCAGGGGUGGGCGCUACUGGAUUGGACUCCACGAUAAGGACACCGAAGGGGAAUGGCGUUGGAUUGAUGGAACCAAUUACAGGACCAACUUCAAGAACUGGAAACAAGGCCAACCCACGGAUUAUGCCAGCAACGAAGACUGUGCUGAGAUCAAUAUCGUUGGGGAAUGGAACGAUGAGAACUGUAACACUCAGAACUUCUAUGUGUGUGAGAAACCAUUGCCUUCCUGAGGAAGGAAGGAAGGAAGGAAGGAAGGAAGGAAGGAAGGAAGGAAGGAAGGAAGGAAGGAAGGAAGAUCUGCAGACUUUUUCUAGGACAAAUGAAGGCUUCGCAAUGAUGAACUUUAGGGUCAAAAGCCACUGACUUCUUCAUUCUGAUUACUUUAGAAGGACAAGGACUCUGCACAACUGGAAUCGAGAUAGAAUUCCAGAAAUAAUCCUCUUGCCUGCCAAAUUUGGGGUGGGUGGGUGUGCCUCAAAGUGAAAGUGAAGUUUUCAUCAUCAUCAUAAUAAAUAUUUUA